AUUCUACCAAAUGCGUGUUUACCAUUCGCAUCAAUAACAAGUAUUUGUGGAACGACUCACUGUAGAGUAACGAAAGAGAACGUUAAGAUGGUUUAAGGUAACUUCUGCUCAUUGUUCAACCGUUGUCAAUGCUUUGCUAAAUCUCCAUCUCCAUCAUACCCUGGAUCGGGAGAGCGUUAUCGAACGCGCGCCUUUAAAACCACUGCUUAUUAUUAACUAGAGCUUCAUUACAUCAUUCGCGAUCGUGUCGGCCUGGUGUGUUGUGCAUGGGAUGCCGUAUCGCUUCCUCAUAGCAGUGGUUUAAGCAGUGAAUAGGAAGUGGCAUAAUGAUGAAACUGACCUUCAACAUCGCUCUGACGCUGACCCUGAUGUUAUUGACCAGUCAUACUGAGUCAGCAAAAAUUGUAUGCGUCUUUCCGACCGCGAGCAAAUCUCAUGUUCUGGGAGCACAAGCGCUACUCAAAGAACUGGCUUUCCGUGGACAUGAGGUCACAAUGGUGAGCGCGUUUCCACUAAAGAGACCACCGAACAACUAUCGGGAUGUGUACGUGCCAAUCGAGGACGCAUUUUCUACCAUCAUGAACGACUUCAUGCAAGGUGGAAGUCGGAACAUGUUAAAGCUGUUUCCCAAGAUCGUGCGAGCGGCACAAGAUUCAUCCAAUGUCACCAUUAACGCACCGGAAUUUAUUCGCCUUGCCCACGAGGAGCAGUUUGAUUUAGCACUCGUAGGUUUCUUCAUGAAUAGUUUUAUAAUCGGUGUCGGCGAGUUGUUUCGCUGUCCGACGGUACUCUACUUCUCCGCCUCUGGAUCUGGUUUAACCAACGUUGUGGGCAACCCAGCCGAGGUUGCCGCAGUACCGCACAUGUUGUUGGGACCACGAAAUCCAAUGACAUUCUUUGAUCGCGUCACCAAUACUAUACUUCAUGGAAUGGAGAAGAUAAUGCUAAUGUACAUACGGCACAAGGAACUGACGUACUACGAAUCAAACUUCCCUGCCGAAGAAGGUUUUCGAAGCUACGAUGAAGCAAUGCGUAAUGUGUCGCUCGUAAUGCUCAACACUUACUUCUCGCAAUACGUACCAAGACCUUAUCUUCCCAAUAUGGUUGAGGUGGGAGGCAUUCAAAUAAACCUCAGACCUGAAGCAAUGCCCCAAGAUUUGCAACAAUUCCUAGACGACGCCGGCAGUGAUGGAGCUAUCUUUAUCAGCUUUGGUUCUAACCUACGUAGUUCGAACAUGCGACAGGACAAGCUGGAUGCUAUCUUAAUGAUGAUUCGCGGAUUAAAACAACGUGUUAUCUGGAAGUGGGAUCAGGAUGAAAUGCCAAAUCGACCACCAAAUGUGUUCAUUGGCAAGUGGUUGCCACAGGAUGCAAUUCUAGCGCAUCCAAACCUGAAACUGUUUAUCACGCAUGGAGGUUUAGGCAGCAUCACCGAAGCGAUGUAUUACGCUGUACCGAUCGUCGGUAUUCCAAUGUUUGGCGAUCAAGACGGUAAUGUAGCGCAGGUCGUUAAGGAAGGGUGGGGUCUUAUGGUUAGCUUUGAUGAUCUAACGGAGCCGUUGCUAAGCGGUGCUGUACACGAGGUGCUUCGUGACCACAGAUACCGUGAGCAGAUCCAGGAACGUUCCAUACUGUACAAAGAUCGUCCAAUGGGAGCGCUCGAAACUGGUGUUUUUUGGAUUGAGUACAUCAUUCGACAUCGUGGAGCGCCUCAUCUACACUAUCAAGGUGCGGAUCUCAACAUUUUCCAAAUAGCACUGCUGGAUGUGUACGCGUUUUUGCUUGUUGCGUUUUAUAUCAUCUAUAAAAUUGUGAUAAUCGUAGGAAAACAAACUCUGAAAGUUUUGUUUGAUGCAUCGGUUCAGAAAUCAACAGAAAAACAGAAAAUUACUUAAUAUUAGGUUGAUAACAGCAUACAACUCUCUUUAAACACAUCUCAAACGCUGAAGAACGUUAACCACUUUAAUUGAUUUAUUAUAAUUUAACGAUGUAUAGUAAUGAAAACAAUAAAUGACGAAACAUACGGAUGUUUUGUACGCAUUUACAA